CGGAGGGCUCAGAUGAGGCUGGGUAUCCGGCGGUUACGAUUAGAGUCCAGCUUAAAGCCGCAUCACAGCCUGGCGAUGGACAUGACGUGCAAAGUGCUCAGCUUGCCAGGUGGGGAAAAUGGAAGAUGCACAAGCAGACCCACCAGGGAUAUGAAAGGUUGGAAGGAGAUCCUGAACACAUCUCUUGGAAUCCUGCAGCAGGGCGGAGUGAUUGGUGUGCCCACAGAUACCAUCUAUGGAAUUGCCUGCCUGGCUCAAAAUUCCCAGUCCAUAAGCAAUAUCUAUAAUGUCAAAGGACGCAAUGGGACCAAGCCAUUGGCCAUCUGUGUUGGGAACGUUGAGGAUAUUUACAGGUACUGCCGAGUAAAUGUCCCAGACCAAUUACUUAGGGACCUGUUGCCAGGACCAGUGACUCUGGUGAUGGAGAGGUCAGACCGGCUCAACAAGGAACUAAACCCUUUUACAUCUUUGGUGGGUGUCCGGAUUCCUGAUCAUGCAUUCAUAAGGCAGCUGGCUGAGGUCUGCUCAGAGCCCUUGGCUUUAACCAGUGCCAAUAUCAGCUCCCAGGAAAGCACACUCACAGUAGAGGAGUUUAGGGAUCUAUGGCCAAAGCUGUCUCUAGUUGUUGAUGGAGGCCCUAUUGGAGAACAUUCUAGCCCUGAAUGCAGACUAGGAUCAACUGUAGUUGACCUUUCCGUGCCUGGAAAGUUUACCGUGAUCCGAGAUGGAUGUGCUCUGACUCACACUGUGGAUAUCCUCUCAAACUCCUAUGGCUUGUUACCAAACUCCUGACAGCCCACCCUCAGGGCAAUAAGCCUUGGGACCAAUCAGCAGGCAGAGCAUGAGCAUCCCCUUUGCUGAUCAGACUGGAAGAUUUGCCAGUGGUGUGGUGAGGAAACACUGAUGCAUGGCUUAUGAUCUUAAACUAAUAGGUCAUGUUUGUGUCUCCAUCUUGGCAUGUGAACUGUCUUGUCACUUGGAACUGCAGAUGGGUUAUUGAAUCUGUCAAUUCAAGAAGGUUUUUAAUUUUGGAUCGGCCUUGUGUUGCUUAUUUUUUUUUUUUUAAAAAAAAAUGGAGACUGCUUUUUUUGCACUGACUGCAGAAUUUUAUUUGGGUUACUUCUAUUUAAAUUAUUGACUUAUCAAUAAAUCCUAGCUUGGUCCUGGACUUGCUCUUGCAUUUAGUUAAACAUAAAUAACAACAAUUAUUCACAAACGUUCACUCAUUACAUGCUGGACUAGACAUUCUGUGAUUAGAUGGCCAUUGAUAAAAAAAAAAAAAA